AAAAUGAAUUCCCGGAUCACGACACCAAAGAUCAAUCGUUAUGGUUCUUCUUCGAGAUUAGCCACUCCGGUGGCACAAUCUCGUUUAAUCAAAUCCACCAUGAGCAGCUCACUGCUAACGGCAACCGGCGGUAAACGAGGUAAUAUAAAUGCAUCGAGCAGCGAAAGUUUAAGCUAUUCUCCAUCGCCAGCACUGAAGACACCGAAGAAUGCAUCCGCUCUUUUUGCCAGUACCAAAUCGAAAUCGUCUAUUGCUCUUAACAGUUGCAUGACACCUUCGUCGCUGUUCCGUGGAACUGCGUCUGCAACAUCAUUAAAAGCGGGUAGCUCGAACUUUGGGACUCCAAAAUAUAAGUUAAAAAAUACCAAAUCUCAACCUGACGGUUUUACCCGAAAAACACCCGAAUGCUUUUCAAAAGUUUCAUUCGAUAGUCCACGAGUAGGACGUCAAUCAGCUAUGCUAGAUGAAUCUGCUAAGUCGCUUAAAGACGGCUCGAAUGGUGAAAUAAGUAAUUUGAAAGUAGCGGUAAGAGUGCGGCCACUUUCGGCAAAAGAAUGCUUAGAUUCGGUUGCCAAUAUAGUCCGCGUGAAGGACAAUGAUGUCACUGUAAAUGCUGGAAACACAGCCGAUAACUCCGCAGGAGUGGAACACUGUUUUCAAUACGACCACGCUCUUUGGUCUUGCAACGCGGAAGAUCCGGCUUACGUUGGACAGGUUGGUGUCUACAACGACCUAAUGCAACCGUUACUGGACAAAGCAUUCGAAGGCUACAAUGCGUGUCUAUUUGCGUACGGUCAAACUGGAUCCGGCAAAAGCUACAGCAUGAUGGGUCUAGAUUCGGAUGAUUUAGAAAUCAGUCCGGAGGCCGGCAUUAUUCCACGCUUCUGUCAGGAAUUGUUCACCCGAAUUGAAUCUGUCAAAGAUCAACUGCAUGUUGAAGUCGAAGUGAGCUACUUUGAAAUCUACAACGAAAAAAUUCAUGAUCUGUUGGCCGUAUCCACUACGGAUGGAGUCUGUUCGGUGACCAAUUCAAACGUUAAGAAACCACCGUUAAAAGUUCGCGAGCACCCAAUAUGGGGACCGUACGUUGUCGACUUGAGCACUCAUCCGGUGGAUUCGCACUCGGCACUUCGCAAUUGGCUUGCGGUCGGUAACAGUCAACGUGCCACGGCAGCAACCGGUAUGAAUGAUAAAAGUUCCCGUUCCCAUUCCAUCUUUUCGGUUGUUCUAAACUUAUCGGAAAUCGGAGAACCAUCUGCUGGGUCGGCAGAACGAAGUGAGGGUGGCAAAAACGUUCACCAGACGAAGCGCAGCAAGAUUAGUUUGGUGGAUUUGGCUGGCUCGGAACGGGUGAGUCAUACCUGUGCCAGCGGCGAACGACUUAAGGAGGGAGUCAGUAUUAACAAAAGUUUGUUGACGCUGGGCAAAGUUAUCUCAUCGUUGGCGGAGUGCAAGAAAAACCCGGCGACGUACAUUCCUUAUCGGGAUUCGGUGUUAACGUGGCUGCUGCGGGAGAGCCUUGGCGGCAAUUCUCGAACGGUAAUGUUGGCGACCAUUUCGCCUGCUGCGACCCAUUUGGAUGAAACGCUGGCCACUUUGCGGUACGCCUGCCAGGCACGAACCAUCGUCAAUCGGGUCAAGGUGAACGAAGAUCCGCACGAUCGAAUCAUCCGUGAGCUGCGAGCCGAAGUGGAACGGUUGCAGGUCCUACGGCAGGACUACGAGCGUCAAAAGCGCCAUUCGGCCAACCAAAACCAGCAACCGAGGAAGAUUAUCAUCGAAACGUCUGUUGAUGACAGCGAGGUGGAAGCACUGCGACAGCAGUUGGCCGAAACGGAACAGGAACUAGCCAAAGCGCAAAGAUCCUGGCAGGAACGGCUGCGGGAAGCCGAGGAUGUAAGGCGAACCGAGAUGAAGCUGCUGAAACGAAAAGGUUUGGCAUUGGAACUGUCCGCCGAACAGAAGGAACCCUGUUUGGUCAACCUAUCUGCCGAUCCGAUGCUGUCGGGAACCCUGCUAUACAUCAUUCCGCCCGGUUUGGUUAAAAUUGGACGACCCUCAUCAUUCUCUUCGCCGGAUAUUAUCCUAGAGGGACCACUAGUAUCUCAGCAUCAUUGCUCAAUCGAAAACAAACACGGCAAACUGUUCCUAACCGCCGAGGAUGCAGAGCAGUACGAAACGUUUGUCAACGGCGAACUGCUUCGGGAGCGAAGGCAACUUUUUCACAACGACCGUGUCGUCAUCGGUGGGUCGCACUACUUCCGGGUUUCGAACCCGCAGUGUCCCAACCGCAACAAGCAAAUCAUGGUGGAUUAUCAGUUGGCUCAUCAAGAAAUUCUGCGAGAACAAGAAAGCCGACUUCGUCGCGAACUGGACGCCGAAAAGCAAGCUGCUAUCCAGCAGAUCGAAGCCGAACGCAUCGACCACGAGAGGCAGUACGAGGAACGGUUGGCCUCACUGGAGCUGGAGAAAUUUAAAUACAAAUGCCGCCAGGAGUUGCUCGAGACGGAAAAGCAAGCAAUGCUCAAGCAAAGUGGUGAAACCGAAGCGGACAGCUCGUUUGUGAUUACCCCUUACAAAUCAAACUUGGCCGAGGAGAUUCGCCGGUUAAUGGAACGUCCCAGUGAGGAGAGUCUGCAUCAUAUUCAGUUGAUGGUAAAGGAAGCUACCCAACGAUGCGCCGAUUUGGGAGUUCAGUUCGAAUUUCAACAGUCACAAGUGUUGGAUGAGGAAGGUAUUUUUAAAGCGCUUGUAAACAUCUACGAUAAAGGAAACGGCAAAGUUGCUGAAUGGUUACCAGCCCGUCUUGAGUAUUGGCUUAGUGUAGUAAGAGAUCGCGACGAUCUAAAUGCUAAUAACUUGUUUGAAAACUUCGAUUUAUCGUGGAAAGACGAUAAGACAGAGUGCAACCAAUCCACAAAGGAUACAUCGCGCAGAUCUAGCAGAAUCUCACUCAACUUAAACUCGGUGAAAGACAUGAUUUUAGGACGAAACAGUGGCGACCGCAAAUCUUUCGUUGGCAACGGCGGAAACAAAAAAUCGGAAGGUUUACUAAAAUCUAUGUUCAAAAUAGCAACCCCUGCUGGUAACAUCCGCAAAGAGUUGCAAUUUGAAGAGGAAUGCGAAUCCAAGGACUGCAGCAUGGUAAACGACGAGAACAUGCCGAACAAUCGGCAGUCAACAUCACCGACCAAGUGCUCGCGGUUCGAGAUGAAAGCAAACAGCUACCUAAAGGAUAUUCAGAUCGCAACUCUGAAGAUGAAGAAAUUUUGCGAGAAGCACCAGCAGACGCCGCAAAACGAGAGCAGCGUGAUCGAUCUGAAUAGCAGUGCCCGCCCGGAGGACGAACUGGCCAAAGAUUUCGGUCGUUCGAUCGCCGAGAUCGAAAAUGCCAUUCAGGACAUGCGGUAUGUGCUAACGGAGCAGUGCACGAGAAGAAUGGCGGCGGCGUUGGAUGUUGAUUUAGCUAAAACACCGAAGUCGAUUGCCGUUUAG